CUAGAUUAGCCUUCAUCGACGACAAAGGGCAUUAUGAAAACUCUCGUUCUCUCAUCCAGAGCGUGUUUCAUUUCGGAAUCUUAGCCUUGACGCUAUUGACGCCAUUGACGAGCAAGGAUCUUCCCACGAAGAAAUCUGUGAGAACGAGUCAACUCUAGAUUUUGCAUUUUGGAGAGAUGUUUUGAGUUUAUGUGUAAUGGAAAGCUCGUAGGUAGUCGCCACACGCGCAAAGCGAUUGUCUUCUGUAUAUAUGCAAAAGUGGCAACGUUCGCACCCAUCUUUACGUAUCAGUCCGAUUCCAAGCUUCUAUCAGUCUAACAGUGGUUCUACAUUUUGUGAAAAGGUGCUGAUCUCCUCCUGCACAUUAUUCUCCUUGAAACUUCAGCAUUUAUUCAGUGGAUUUCUCCGGCAACAAGCAGAUUGACAAGAGUAGCAUCGGACUUGGAAUUUUUAUUAAACAUGGCAACGGAGCUCACUUUCCUCUUCUUGAUCACUCUUGCGUGCUCAGUAAUGGUCGAAGCCAUUUCUGCAAUGUCUGAUACAGUUCAGCUGAUGCCUUCAGUAUCAGGAGCAACCAGGCAGGUAUGGUCCCUAUUAAGAGGCGCACAUUUCGAAAAUGUGAAUAUUGAAGUCUGGGAAUUCGACGAAAGCUCCAGAAAGAUGUUGCACUUGCGGGAAGAUAUGAGGAUAGCGCCGCCGAUUGCAUUCACUUCCUCAUCGAGUGUAACCCAAGGACCCCGAAAACUGCUCGUACGCGAGAAUAGCGACGGUGACCCGGACGCGAACCCGCCUCCUAAGAAACGCUCGCCUCCAGGUCCAACAGGCUAGAAUUGCACUCGGACACGCAUCUUCAGCAACUGGGCUUGACGUGAUUGUGUAUGUUUUCAUCACCAACCUAAAAAUCGUAUUCAGAAUUUUACAGUGAAGAUUUAUCUGCACGGAAGAAUCGGAAUGGAGGCCACCUUUCAAAACUCCGUACCGACUCAAUAGGACUCCAAAUGGACAGGAUGGGGAAAUUUUCAAGUCUUCGUAAAACUCUUCUUCCUUGCCUUGAUUUAGAGCCGAGGGGAGAUACCUGCUGCUUCUUCAACGAUAGUCUCGAUACUAUGUCACCACAAAAAUGCGCUAUUGUAUAGUUGUCAUGAAAGUGCCUUCGAAACUUGUCUCAUUACAGAUUGCUUGUACUGGCCCUUUUCUACUGUACAGCCCUGAACUCGACUUUUAUUACAAUCGGAGUAAAAGUGUCCUCCUCUUUGGAAGAUGUUUUGAGUAAAGCUGCAAUCAAACAGACCAAAGCUUCGUGGCCGAUGUAUUGGAAUAAGGACUUACAGCAGAGUUUU